AAAUAAAUAUCUGACAAUCUCAGUCCGUCUCCCUGUCCUUCUCUCUGCACAUACCACACUCCAAAUUUUGUCUCUCUUUGUCCAUCUCUGAACCAUCACCAAACUAACACUCUCCUAAAACCCACAAAAUGGACUCGCUUCCGCCCAUUUUCCGGCAGCCGGAGACGCCGAAAGAGCCCAUGGAGUUCCUCUCCCGUUCCUGGAGUCUCUCCGCCCAUGAGAUCUCCAAAUCCAUCUCCCCUGCCCAGGCCGCCGUCAAGAACUUCCUCGGCGAGCCUUCCAAUGCCGCAAUUCCGCCCGCCGGAUACAGCAGAACCAUAUCGGAGGACAUCGCCGGCGAAUUUCUGGAAGCCGUCUCUGUUUCCGGCAACCCGUUUUGCUUCGCUUCUUCGGAUACUUCUCAGCUUAUCAUGGAACGCAUUAUGUCUCAAGCUCAGGACUCGUCGCCGCGUACAUCCGGGCGGCUCUCCCAUAGCAGCGGUGGUCCGCUCGCCGACAGCUCGCCGGCGUCCCCUUCCGACAACAUAGACGACCACAAGUAUUGCAGAUUAAACAUUCUGCCAAUCAACAACCAGUACAGAAGCAGCGCGGCCCCACCAGCAGCCGUGAAUGGCGGCUGCAAGACGGUGGGAAGGUGGUUCAAGGACAGGAGAGAAAAGAAGAAAGAGGAGACAAGAGCCCAAAAUGCACAAUUACAUGCUGCCGUUUCGGUCGCUGGCGUGGCGGCAGCCGUUGCUGCCAUGGCCGCAGCAGCGGCAGCUUCUUCAUCUUCCGGGAGAAAGGAUGAGCAAGCAGCCAAGACUAAAAUGGCAGUAGCUUCGGCUGCCACCCUUGUGGCCGCUCAAUGUGUGGAAGCUGCCGAAUCAAUGGGGGCCGAGAGGGAGCACCUCGCAUCAGUGGUUAGCUCAGCAGUAAAUGUCCGAUCACCCGGAGAUAUCAUGACACUCACAGCUGCAGCUGCUACUGCAUUGAGAGGGGCAGCAACAUUAAGGGCAAGGGCAUAUAAGGAUGUGUGGAAUGUGGCUGCAGUGACUCCAGUAGAGAAAGGAUAUGGGGGGAAUGGGAGCUCUUCAAGUAGUGGUGAGCUCAUAAUUGGCCCCUCUGAAGACAACUUUCUUGGGAUCUGUAGCAGGGAAAUGCUUUCCAGAGGUGGUGAGCUCCUAAAGCGCACAAGAAAAGGUGAACUCCACUGGAAGAUAGUGUCUUUGUACAUCAAUGGAAUGGGCCAGGUAACAUUGAAGAUGAAGAGCAGACAUGCUGCUGGGACCAUCACCAAAAAGAAAAAGAAUGUGGUCCUGGAUGUGUUGACAGAUGUUCCCGCUUGGCCGGGGAGGCACCUAAUAGAAGGCGGCCAGAAUUUCCGUUACUUCGGGCUGAAGACCAUCUCGAGGGGAGUCGUGGAAUUCGAAUGCAGAGAUGAAGGGGAAUAUGAGGUGUGGACUCAAGGUGUUUCAAGACUUCUGACUUAUGCAGCUGAAAGGAGGUCCAAAGGACAUAGGAGAUACUAAAUAUUGGCAAUCUUGAAUCCACUACCUUGGCCCAUUUUGCACCCUUAGACGCUGUGGGGCCCAUGGUUACUGGCCAUUCAAACAAGUCUGCUGGAGGCUAUGCUUAGUUAAUGUGAUGAUGCUAGUUUUUUUGCCACUAACCUCUUGUAUUUUGGAAUUAGGGAGGGUGUUUCUUUUGAACUCAUGCAGCUAGUUUCCCUUUUUCUCUUUCAGUGCCCAAGUGUGUUUUGUAAAUCUAAUUUACCUGAAAUUCUGAAAAGGGGUUCAUAUUGAUACUAGUCAUUGUUGUCUUCAAUAUUUGACAUGUCAAUUGUCAAAGUGUAACACAAGCAAAUUAAGAAAACCAAGUGAACACAGCAGGCAGCACAUUGUUAUGGGACCUCCUUCGAAGCGGC